CCCACACCUCCCCGACCUUCCUUUCAGACCACUUGACAAGGAUGCCUGGAUUUAAGAUUUCCCGUAUAUAUAAUGGCUGAUGUGGACGCCGUACAAAGCUAAAGAAUGUGAACAGAGACUCUUCCUGUGCUGCUACUCAACCGAGUUUACACUCAGUUAAUAUCUCUUCUCACGUGGGAUUCCCAGGUCUUUUGUACAUGACAACAAAGACUUAAACCACGGAAGAACUCUUGAGUCAUUUUACGAAUGUGAAGGACAGCGGACUGUGGAAUGGAUUCCUGUGAUCCACCUUCUGUCCCACCUGAAGGUCAGAAGGCAGUGGAAUCACCCCACAUCGGAACAGAGCCCUCCAACUUGGCCCCGGAACAGCCGGAGAUUAAGGAAGAGCCUUCAGACCACAGGACGCCAGAGACGCAGGACGUGCCAUCGCAAUCAGAGCUGGAAUCUUCUUCAGAGGAAGAACAUGGCGAAGAGUUUGAUUUUGAUGACAGCCUGGAUGAAGAUGUGAACGUGACUGGUAAUAUCGGACCAGCUAUUGUCCUACCCCCUGGGAACACUAGUGGCCCCCCAUCUCCAGACCUGGGGGCGGAAUCAGAGAAAGGUCCUGAAUGCCUGGAAAAUGUGGUCCCAUCAGACUCCCACCCACUCCCACUAUCACACACAGCGGAAACCUUGAGCUCCAUCUCUCGCUUGAAUGGUGCCACUUCCUCCACAGACUCCAUGGCUCACUCAACCAGCACAGACUCGGCUGCUGUGGGCUCAGCCUCAGGGACUCCUCCUGCUGCCAAGUGUAAUGAAUCAAACAGCAGCUGUGAGAUGGGAAUCGAGGAUCUCUCAUGGAAGGAAAACGCACUGUACAGUGCUCAGUCAGCCUCAGCCCAGCUGAUUGCGCCUGAUGCAGAAGAGGAUGUAAUCUACGAUGACGUGGCUGAAGAGACUGAUCAAAAAAUCCAGUUGCCUCUAGAGGAGCUGAUCUAUGAUCAUGUGCAUGGGGAAGGUGAGUGCAUGAGCCCGGUUAGGACUGAGGAUGGAUGGAGUUCCAGCGAAUUUGAGAGCUAUGACGAGCACUCAGAUGAAGAGAAUAAAUCCUCGGGAGGGCAGCAAAAAAGCAAAGCCAUUCUUCAGCCCAAGCCUUCCCCGGAUCUGAAUAGGCUGAAGGAGAAGUAUGCCAGGACUAAAAGAGAAUUCCUGGCCAUAAAAGUCGGGAGCAAAGAUGUUCAGGAGCUGAAACAGCGAUAUGACUGCAAGAUGCAGCAGCUAAUGAAGGCGGCUAAGAACGGAACUAAAGACGGUCUGGAGAAGACAAAACUUGCAGUAAUGAAGAAGGUAUCCUUCCUUCAAAAGAGAGACUCACAAGAUCAGUUUGAAGAGGAUAACGCCGGGUAUCUGGAUGUCAAUGUGUCGGAAUCAAAGCACCCUCCACCAGAGCUCAGUCCCAUGCCCCCAGGGCUCUCUCCCCAGCAGAUAGUGCGUCGUCACAUCAUGAACUCCAUCGUGCACAGUGAGAGGAGCUAUGUUGAUUCUUUGAAACGCAUCAUGCAGGAGUACAAGAAGCCUCUCCUGGAGACAGAGCCCAGGCUGCUAAGCGUCAGGAAGGUACGGAUGGUCUUCUACCGGCUGAGGGAAGUUCUUCAGUGUCAUUGCAUGUUCCAGAUCGCCCUGGCCUCUCGGGUCGCUGAGUGGGAUGCCACGGAGAAGAUCGGUGACCUCUUUGUUGCUUCAUUCUCGAAGUCUAUGGUGUUGGACGUGUACAGCGACUAUGUGAAUAACUUCACCAAUGCCAUGGCGCUGAUUAAGAAGGCCUGCCUGACCAAGCCAGCGUUCCUGGAGUUCCUCAAGAGGAAACAAGCUUCAAGCAGUGACAGGAUCACGCUGUACGGUUUGAUGGUGAAACCCAUCCAGAGAUUCCCACAGUUCAUCCUCCUGCUACAGGACAUGCUGAAGAACACACCGAAAGGCCACGCUGACCGCCUGUCGCUGCAGCUGGCUCUGACCGAGCUGGAAAUGUUGGCCGACAAACUCAACGAACAGAAACGAGUGGCCGAUCAGAUCGUGGAGAUCCAGCAACUGGCCAAGAGCGUGGGUGACCGCAACCUCAACAAGUUACUGACGUCCAGCCAGAGGCAGUUGGUCUUAUGCGAGACCCUGACCGAGACGGUUUACGGAGAUCGGGGACAGCUCCUCAAGUCCAAAGAACGGCGAGUCUUUCUGCUGAACGACUUGCUUAUCUGCGCCAACAUCAACGUGAAGGGCCAGCCUGACAUCGGGAGCCUUGUUCCAGUUGGGCCGAAGUACACUGUGAAGUGGAGCACCUCCCUGCCCCAGGUCCAGGUGGUGGAGGUGGGGCAGGAAGGGAAGAGUUACGAGAAGGACAUGAUAAUUUUUCAGCAUCCAGGGAGCAAAAGGGCCUCCUCAACUUCUCUAUCCAGCAAGCUGUACAUGGGGCCAGCGCGGCUGUACCAGGAGUUGCAGGAGCUGCAGCAGGACCUGAACGUUGUCAGUCAGAUCUCUCAGCUCAUCGGCUCGCUCAACGGCACCUACCAGAAUCUGAACCAGACGGUGGCCCUGGAUUGGAGUAGGGCGCUGCAGAGGCUGAUCCGUAUUAAAGAGGAUGAAAUCCAAUCGGCAAAUAAGUGCCGUCUCCGGCUUCUGUUGCCCGGGAAACCAGACAAGUCUGGAAGACCAGUCAGCUUCAUGGUGGUCUUCAACACCUUGAAUCCGCUCCGGAAAAUCUCCUGGGUGAAUCGGCUCCACAUGGCCAAAGUUGCACUAAGUAAAGAGAACCAGCCGGGCUGGCUCUGUUUGGAGGACGAUGGGAAAAUGAAAGCUCCCUUUUGGUGCCCCCUGCUUGCCUGCAGACUGCCCAUGCAUACCUCAAAAUGUCAGGACCUGAUGCCUGAAGCAGCUCUACACACUCCAGUACAAUCAUCUAUCCUGGGAAUUUCCACAGCCAGUACCUCCAUAGCACAAGGCUACCUAUGGGUUGGCAGCGGGCGAGAGCUGGGCCCGGGGCAAGUGGACCUUUACUCCUUAAACCGAUGCACCCCACGGCACGUCAAGUCGUUCUUGGUCAGUUCCCGGGUCCUGUGCAUGGAAUUCAUCCCUGGAAGCUUCCCAGAUGUGGAGGAGGCCAAUUGCCCGACUGAGCGCACUGCAGCCAGUCCCAUCAUCUGCCUGGGGCUGCUGGAUGGCAGUGUCCUGGGUUAUGGCAGCGUUGACAUGGCAGCUCAGUGCGUGUUUACAUGUAAAAGCCCUGGGGAGGUGCCUGUCGCAUGUCUCAAACAUUUGCUGAAUUUCCUGUUUGCCGGCCUGCAGGACGGGACGAUGCUGAUAUACAGCAGGACUCAGGGAUCAUGGGAUUGGGAUCGUCCUCGCUGUGUGAAGGUGGGCCCAUCUCCUAUCCGAUCGCUCCUGGCAGUAGAUGACACGGUGUGGGCCAGCUGCCAGAACCAGGUCACUUUGAUCCACGUGGCUUCCUUCACAACCCGGUGCUUCGAUGCCCAUCCUCAGAAGGAGGUGACUGUGACCCACAUGAUGAAGGCGGGGGGUGGUGUGUGGAUGGCGUUCUCAGCUGGGGCCUCACUGCGCUUGUUUCACACCGAGACACUGGAGCACCUACAGGAGAUCAACAUUGCCCCACGCAGCGCCUGCCUCACUCCGGGCCAGAGGAAGGUGCUGGUGACCAGCCUGUUGGUGUGCCAGGGGCUGCUGUGGGUGGGGACUGACCAGGGCUUGCUGAUUGCGUUGCCUGUGCCAAAACUCGAGGGCAUUCCCAAAGUAACAGGGAAGGGGAUGAUUUCGCUGAAUGCUCAUUGUGGCCCAGUGCAGUUCCUGGUUCCCGCGGUGGGCUCCCUGUGUUUGGAUUCCCUGAAGAGCGAUUCCUCCGAGGACGUGUCGGAGAGCCAGUGUUCCGAGGUCAAGACGGACUCCUCCUCCCAGGAAUCCCUGCAGGAACAGCAGAGCCAGCAGGACAGGAAGAAGGGAAUCUUCCUGCGCUACAGCUUGCAGACCACGUCUCACCUCCCCGGCCAGUUCCUGUCUGCCCAGGAACAGCCCCAACCCAACGGCAGCUGCUCCCCGGAGCACAGUGUGGAGGAUGGUUCCAUUUACGAAAUUGUGGACGAUCCGGACGUGUGGGUGAGAAGCAGGGCUUCCCCCCGAGAGCCGGCCAGGAAGGAGAGGGUGGGCUCAGUGGCCAUUCUCUCGGGGGGGCGGGGUUACCAGAGGUUAAACGGAAACUCCAAGCCGACCGUACACAGUGACUCGGACAACACGCUGCUCAUCUGGCAAAUCCCUCUGACUCUCUAGGUCGCCCUGUCUGGGACACGCAGUCUACACAUCGUCACACGGCAACACGGCGGGCGGCCAGUGAUCAGUGCCGGCAUUGGCAAGGUGGGGGGAGCGGGGCUUCAAAGGGAAACUAGACUUUUUGGAACCAUGUUUGCGGGAUUAAUUUUGAUUUUUCCAGGGAGACUUAGCUGUGCUUUGUUGGGUAUUAUUGCCCUGCAAACCAUUUCAAAGGUUUAGAGAGGCUUUUGAAGUGACUUAAUUUCCUCUUUGACAACUCUGUGUGGAGACUGGGCAUUCUAGGUGCUCGAGAGUGCACUUGCAUCGCACUUCCCCUCCACCUCUUAGGUUUUUCCCCCACCACGCACCCCACACCCACCCACUGGUUCCUUUCACCAAUUUCCUUUCCCACUCCUGAUAAAAUUGGGCCAUCGCAUGCUGGAAAUGACCGUGUUCUGAUCCACAUGUCACGGGUUCUGUCGCCUCGCCACGAAGGUUCAUGAGAUGCAAUAAAACUGUUGAAAAACGGGCAAAACGCUGGCCAUGCAGAGCGUGGAGCCAAGCAGCAAUGUGAGUGGGAGCUGCCGCCGUGGAAGGAGUGAAGGAAUCGGGGUAAAUAUGUACACUGAACGCUGUCAACAGAAAAUGGCUGGUGCUCUGUCCUGAGGGAACUUGUCAACGUUGCCUGCCUCAACAGUGCUCCAAGGGGUACAAAUCUAUCUCCCGGCGCAUUUUCUAAGUGUGGUGUUAAAUCUGAGCUCACAGCACAGGUACCUACUCAGGGUUUCACAGCCAUGUUUAAUAUCUCCCAAUGAUUGGGAUCUCCUGUCCUCCUGGAGGUCGGGUUCACAGCAUCCAAGAUCAAUUAAUGUACUGCUUUAUUUGUCAGCCUCUUUCUCUCUCUCCCCACACACACACACAGAUUACCCCAGCAAAGCCUUGUGGGCAGCUUUGCCAAUGCUUACACUGUGGCCAUCACAGGUCUGAAAUUCAACCCUGCCUCAGCCUAGAGAUCCAUUUGCUGUCACAGAGCAGUGGAGAAUUCUUCAAUUCGAUCCUAAUUCGGAAGCCGGCUUUCCGAGGUUCACUUACUGUAGUUAAAAAUAAGGCUUUCCGGUUUAAGAGUAAACUUUAACAAGAGUUUUUCUGCGAAUCUGAGCAAUCAUAGAUUUUAAGAUGCAAUUGUCUGACAGGCUAAGACUUGAGUGGGAUUUUCAGCCUGUGGAAAGGAGUUAGGAGGGCGAGACCGCUUCUAUGCUUCACAACUGAUGGAAAAUAAUUUGUGUCUUUCCUCCUACCACCCCUCCCACCUUGCCUGUGAUCUGAACCAAAGCUAAGGCUUUGGCUUGACCUUCCACAGUCAGUCAACUGCACUGGAAAUCUCUUGGGCUUCCAGGGAUUUUAUCAGCUUGACUCAGUCGCACUCACACCCUGGCUUCCAGGUCAGAAGAUUGUGGGUUCAAGCCCCAAGUCAGUACAUGAGCUAAUCAUCUGCUCCAGGCUGACACUCCUGUGGAGUACAGCACGGCACAAGAUCAGCUGAGCCUAGGUUCUCAGAGAAAAGGAGAGCCUGUUAACAUGCGAGUGGGGGGAGGAAUCAUUGAACGUUCUGGUAACGUUCUGCCUUGUGUCAACUCUCACCCUGCUUCAAAUUUGGCAGCCAAAAUAGUACUGCCUGGGGACGGGCCUCGCUUUCUGAUAUAAUUGGCCUCGGAGUUGGAGAUAAUCAACCAUGUACAGUAAUCCUAACCUAAAUCCACUCUGUCACUCACAGCGCUCUGGGCAAUGUGUUUGCUGGCUGAUCUGUCAGAAGCUGCUGGCCCGUUUUGUACAGUAAUUUAUAGUCAUUGUCGCUAAUCGUCUCUUCAGUGAAAUAAGACCGAACGGUAGAAAAACUAAAUUGCUCAAUAUUUUGUUCACACAAAAAAAGCUUAGAGCGGGAGGGGUAACAGGUUGGGUAUUAAAGUGCAGUUGUAUUAAGCCGCAUCACUGGUGAAAACAGAGCUCCUCGAAACCUGCCCUGCAAUUUUUGCCAGUUCUGUCAAAUCCCAUGGAAAAUGUAUCAAAGCUUUCUUUAAUUUUUUUUUGACACAAAUUUUUUGGCCUACACAAAUCAUCAGGAAAACGUGUGGGCUUAAGCCUUUUAAUAGCUCAAUAAGUGAAAGUUCUUGUAGAUGCAGUCAAUAAUUUGGAUCAGAAGGUUUUGGGUUCAAGCCCCCAAUUUGGGGCUUGAGCUCAGUUGACACUGCUGCUCAGUGUAGUGCUGGGGGGAGGGGGCAGCUGUAUUGUUAAAGGGGCCGUUCUUUGGAUGAGACGUUAAACCGAGUUCCCUUCCAUGGCUGUUAGUUGGACAUUAAUGAUUCUAUUGAAAAGGAAGGAAUGUCUCCCGGUGCCCUGGCAAACAACUAUCUUAAAUUGAUUCAUAAAUUGAUCUUUCAUUUCCUGGCUACAUGUGGAACCUUGUGCGGUGCAUAAAAUGGCCGUCUCAUUUGCCUAAAAAAAAGUCACUAGCCACCAAGUCCAGCACAGCCUCGAUAUAACACACAGGAUUUUUGCUUAAAGUGGUUGCAACUUUGGGGCCCGUUCAAUGCGGAUUUUUUCAUUCAACAUUGGAUAAUGUAUCUUGCAAAGGAAAUGUCUCAGUCAACAAAUCUUUGUUGGGGGAACUGUAGCAGUCUCUAUAACAUUCUUCGUGUACAAAAGGCAUCGAGGCUAAAACGUUCGUCUUCCGGGUAAGCAACCAGGGAUUGAUGUUGGUGAUGAUGAUCUGGAAGUCAGACAUUUUUUCUUUUUAAUGUGGUGACAAGGGACACCACGUUGUAAAUGGGACGCUAAUUACCAUACAUUUGUUUGAGACGUCUUGCCGUUAUCAAAUUAUUUUUUUUUGAACCCGGGUCGACAUCUCGUUGCGUUCCCUGUCUUGGCCUGUAAGCCUCUCCUUAUGACUUUCCCAGGCCCCUUUCUACACCACUGAUAUAUACUUUUGGCGGGACCAUAUCCGUCACCAGUGCCAUCACCGCACCGAGCUGUGAUUUUUAUAUCAAGCCUAUUUAUAAAAUCAAUUAUGCUGCCUCCAAAUGCCCCCAGCUGGCACCAGAUGCUGUUAAUGUUGUCAAGGUUGUGUAUGUGUGUGUGUGUAGGGGGGCUGGAGGAGCAAAAGCUAUUACCCCCAUUGUUAAUCCAUUCUGAUUGCCUUCACAGUCUAGGGUUAAUGCAGAUGAGAGCGUUGUGUGCGCUCUCAUCACAAUGUGGCUCGUUAUUUUCCUGCAUUUCUCACUCCCCUCUGACACCUCCUUAUGCUCACUGCUAACACUCCCACCAGCCUGCGCCCCCAUUCAAAGGUUUUGAAUAAGGUCCUGUGUGUGGAGGACAGGGCUGAGGUUUAUUCACUUGCAGAAGUUGAUGUCUCUUCUAUGCACAACAAACCUUGAAGAGCAUUUCCCCACCGAUCCUGAACCAAUGUGUACAUAGUCUGUACGUUUCUCCUUCAGCCUCUGCCCACUGUCCUGUGUCCCAGGGGUAGUGAGCAAUGGCCUCUGGCUUGCUGUUGGCGUGUGCAGUGCCUCGCAGCUCAGCAGUGGAUCCAAGAGCAUCGUUCCGCUGACCGGGAACACGAACAGAGCCGGACUUUGCCAUCAGGAAGCAGAUCCAGGAUCGUGUAGAACGCUCCCCCAGUUUUAGACAUUUGCACUUUCUUGUUCUCAGCCUUGCCUCCCCCUACUCUCCUCUCUCCCCCCCCCCCCCCCCCCCCACUCUCCCCGUUAGUCACACGCUCUCCUGAUCAGAUUCCGCUCCCUAACUCCAAGGAAUAAGCCAAUCGCUUAUUCUAACAGAUUCAGUGUCACAAAGAGAUUCAGUAUCUCCUCGCCUGUUUUUCUGUAACCCGAGCCCUGAAAUUCUGGUUUUGGCCCUAAACCCGUUGAAUUCUUAUUGAAGAUGGUGUUUUGGAAAAUGCUUAAAAUUCGGUUCAAGACGUUUGGGACGAGGUCCCAAUUAUCCACCAAAUAAUAGCUGGAGUCAUCUCUUAACAUCGGAAGAAAUAGUUUGACUUGAACUGAAAAUAAUGUACAAAAAUACUUUCUAUCUUCAUAUUAAUUACUCCAGUAACUUUUUAUAUAGGAUUUGUACUGUAUAUGGGAUGAGUUUGGUUUUGCUUGCCUGUUCAGAGAGGAAACGGAAGAGCUUUCUAUCUACCUGUGUAAAGGUUCACUCAGUGGGCUUAUGUCUUGCUCUUUUUUGUAUUGGUUUCGCUGGACAAUGAUGGAGCCAUGGAAUUUGGUGAACUGAAUGUUGCACAUUCCCCUUGACCAGUCCCUUGCUGGCCAGAGAGGUCGUCAGUUAUUGAAAAGCUGCAUUUGCCGUUUCUAAUGCAGAAUAUAAUUUAUAUUUCAGGAAUGCCAAGAGGUCCUCGUUACUAAUUGUAACUUUGAAUAAAGUUUCAAUCCUCAAA